AUCUCUACCUCUCUACCUCUCUCUGUCUUUCAUUCAUUCAUUCAACUUUUAGUUUUCAAACCCUAAAAACAGCGCAACCAAAAGCCAGAAACCAAAAAAAGAUGGAAAACCCCCAGCCCAACAAGAAGAACAAGAUCCCACCAUUCGACGCGCUGCCACUCCGGGCAGGAGAUCCUUAUCUCUCAGCGUGGGGACUAUACGGAGAGGAUGAUGAGUUGGGAGCGCUACGCAGGUUGGAUGAUGAGAGGGUGCUUGAUGCUGUUAGGGGGGAGGUUAGGUGUGGAUAUAGGAUAUCACUAAACUGGCCCCUGAACGCGCAAACCGCGAGCAAGAAAUCGUUUUUUCAGCGCGCGCUUUUUCAUCACGAUGUGAUUCAUAAGGCGCCCCGCGUCGUGAAUGAUGAUAUUUGGACUUUUAAUUCGCAGGUCAGUAGUCAGUGGGAUGGGUUGAGGCAUUUUGCGUAUCAGAAAGAGGGGAGGUUUUAUAAUGGAGUUACGUUGGAGCAGAUCCAUGGUGAAGGUUUCGAGAAGGGGAAUACGACGAGGGAUGGGCGGAGUGAGAUAUUGGGGAUUCAGGCAAUGGCGGAACAGGGUAUCGUGGGCAGAGGAAUCCUCUUAGAUUUCCACUCCUGGCGACUAGCCCAAGACCCACCUAUUCCCUACGACCCUUUCAAAACCGGCUCCAUCCCUUUAAAAUACUUGAAGGCUACCGCCGAAGCACAAGGGACGGAGAUUAAGUUUGGGGAUAUUUUGCUCAUUCGUUCCGGAUAUAUGGCGGCGCAUAAUGAGAUGAGUGAAGAGGAACUGAGCGCCCUGAAGGAUGUUAUGCCCCCAACAUUCAGUGGCGUAGAGCAGAGCGAAGAGAUGUUGAGAUGGAUAUGGGAGAACUUCUCCGCUGUUGCAGGGGACCAGCCAAGUUUCGAAUGCUGGCCAACGCAACAAUCCUACUCCCUCCACGAAGUCCUCCUCGCGGGCUGGGGAAUGCCCAUCGGUGAGCUCUUCGAUCUCGAAAAACUGGCCGCCUAUUGUAAGAAGGAGAAGCGCUGGAGCUUUUUCGUCACCAGUGAGGUUUGUAAUGUGCCCGGUGGGGUAGCCAGUCCGCCGAAUAUCUUGGCGAUUUUCUAAGCUGGCAAGACUGGGAUUAGUUGCACUUACGAUACAGCGUAAGUUGAUAUUGCCAUGUCUAUUGGUCUAUUUGUUGUGUUGACUUUGACUCUGUAUGGUUGCGUACCUGGAGUUUCUUCUCGGCGGUCCAUUUCGGAAGUGAUUCCGGAAAUAUCACGUGCACCCGCGUUUGUACCUUCAGGUACCCGACAGUAUUAGCGUGUUCCUAUCUCGAGGAUCACGAAACAAUGUCUCUUCCUCUUGAUAAUGGCCUGUAAUUAAUUUACAUCAAAGUCUUGGCGAUAAAUCCUCUCUCUUGAAUAAUUAAUGUUACUAUGCAGCUACUUUUCUUCGAAAUCGUUUAGGCUGUUCGUACAGGAGUUGUAACUCGUAUACAAAGAUACAUCUGGCAAGAUGCUGUGUGCAAUGGCAUGCACCUGAAUCAAUAGAAG